AUGCCGCCGACCGAACAGAUAAUUUGGGAAGCUAAACACAAGCCUGGAUCCCUCAAAGGGUCACGACGGCCGUCCACAGUGGUUGAUGCCAGUGGCUGCAGGGUUACCAGAGGCUUCAUCUUGCCCAGCAGAUCUUCAUCGCGGGAUUCCAGCGUCUCCUCUCACGCACCGCCAUCCCCCGGCAUUCCAGCAUCGCCACUGGAAGACGCAGCUCCAGGCUUUUUCAGACCGAGCGGCUCGCUAUACCACGCCCCAGAGAUGGCUAUUCUCAGAUCAGAUUCAAACUGCUCCCUGCACAAGCCUUCACGAACGAGCAGCUUUCUUCGACCGCCMCAGCUAGGUGGUCGUUCAAAGACUUUCCACGGUAGGCGUGCUAGCUGCUGGUACAAUGAAGGUUCCGAUUCCGCCGAAGAUGCAAAGUCUUUCRGCCAUCUCGUUAAGCUGCAAGUGCCUUUGCGCCGCACUCAAAGCGAUCAUACUGGUCUCAUCUCCAUCCAGGCCGCGGACAUCACCAACAUCGAGAUGCACACGAAUGAUACUUCGAACGGAUCAUGUGCCAUAUUCGACACACCUGAAGUAGAGAAUGCCAUCGCCUCCGACAACGACGAUGAUGAAGAGGAUGAAGACGACUUCAUAGUGGCAGGCAACUCCUUCCAUGUAAGCGGGAUUGCAGCACAACGCAGCCGGCCUACCUACGCCCAGCGGCGAGCCAUAAGUGACCAGCGCGUCACGCGACGGGAUAGUGUACUGCAAGUACCACCCAUGCCGCCAGUGCAACAGUUCAGCGAAGUCGUAGUCAGCACUACCGUUUCUUACGUGUCUGCCGGAUACGAGGAAGAAAUCGAGACACCAAUUGAAGUCAAGUCAUUUGCCGAUGAGGAGAUUGUCCCGGCCCAUGCGCUUCGACCAUCACGAAGCAGACCUCGCCCCGCCAAAGGAGUUCUCAAACAUGCCGGGAGCAGGUCAUCUUCCGAGGAUAGUGUCAAGCAUGUUCACACUGCGAUCAGUAGGGGCAGCGGAUCGGUCGUUAACGGUAGAUUGGUGAUGCCCGAACCUGCACCGCAGGUGAAGUAG